GCAACGGCGAUAUUCUCAGGGACCCGAGAGAGCGAGAAAAGUUCGCCGACUGUUUUCUCGCGGAGAUCUGCAUUUUAGGUACUGAAGUUGUGAGGAACUUUUGCCUCGGAAGGACGAACGCGACGCGGAAGAGUCUGUUGGAUGUUGUAAACGAAGGAGAGGUGUGAACAGUAGAUUAGAUGAGAUAGUGAAGAACUAAACUGUUUUGAAAUAAAAAUGUUUUACUGGUAGUCAGUAAAUGAUCAAUCUCCGUUAGUACUGUUAAGAAAUUUAUCAAUGUAAUUUUAAAAUUGAUGCCUGGUUCUAGAUACAUAUUAUCUACCUCGAAGUAUGCGCGAUUUAAGUUUUUGCCUCUUCAGUGUUACCUCUUCGUCUGUCAUAAGAACGUACUUAUCGCCUAUCAAACAGCCGGACUAAAAAGCAGUAUUAGUAGAUGACGAUCACAGUCGUAAACGUGCAGGCAAGCGUUCAGUAGCGCUGCUUGAACUAAGAGAAACAGAUUUCGGUUAAUACUUUUUAACGGUUUUAUUUAUUAGUACUAUACUAUCUUAAAAAAAUAACGCUCGCUCACCUGUAAUUAUUGAAGAUUAAUGUCACUGUUGAAAGUUCAAAAGGUAUUUCAUCAUGUACGAAUACAAAAAGGUUUGAGCUUGUAAGUUUGGACACUAUCGAUUUUUCAAAAUUCAGCAUGCUAACCAGUUUGAAGCACUGUUGUGCGCCGAUUCCGCAACGAUGGAUUUUUGCCUUUAUGAGCUUCUUAGCUCUUGUAAUGGCUUAUGGGAUGCGAGUCAGUAUUUCUAUUACUAUAACUGAAAUGGUAAAGCAUAUAGAGAAGAACGUUACGAUAGACGAGGAAACGUGUCCGAAAGAUGAAAGCAGCGCUCCGAAAAAUACGACAGGUACAGGUGCAGGCACUUACGAUUGGGAUGAAGAAACACAGGGUAUCAUCUUAUCUUCAUUUUACUGGGGAUACGUAAUCACUCAAUUACCAGGAGCAUUGCUCGCCGAAAAGUUUGGCGGCAAGCAAACUCUUGGACUCGGAAUGCUUUGCACAGCGAUACUUACUAUAGCUAUUCCAUUUGCCGUCACUUGGGGAGAAUCGACUGCUCUGAUCGUUCUUCGAGUAUUGAUGGGCUUAGGCGAAGGAGUAACUUUACCGGCCCUAAAUGUGAUGCUCGCUCAAUGGGUACCACCAGAUGAGAGAUCCAAGACAGGAUCCUUUGUAUACGUAGGUGCACCUUUGGGUACUGUGUUUGCCACUGCAAUUUCCGGUGUGAUUUUAAAGUACACCAGCUGGCCAAUAGUAUUUUAUUUCUUCGGCGGUAUCGGUAUUGUCUGGUACUUUAUCUGGCUCGUGACCUGCUACAAUACACCUCGUGAACAUCCCUUCAUCUCGGAUAAGGAAGCGACUUUUUUGCAUCAAGAGCUCAGCGCAGUAGCUCACGUAAAUCCACCACCAGUGCCUUGGAGACAUCUAUUGAAAUCGAUGCCCUUGUGGGCUCUGAUAUCGGUACAAAUCGGCCACGACUGGGGCUUCUACACCAUCUCCACCGAGCUACCCAAGUAUAUGAGCAGUGUUCUCCACUAUUCGGUGGAUCAGAAUGGCUACCUCAGCUCGUUGCCGUACAUUGGCAUGUGGCUGUGCUGUACGUUCAUGUCCUGGUUGGCCGAUUGGCUCAUCUCAAAGGGUCACAUGGCAAUUACUACUGUUAGAAAAGUUGGCACUACCAUUGCAUCUGUGGGUCCAGGAUUGUUUGUCAUCGCUGCAUCUUACGUCGGUUGCGACAGGACCUUGGUUGUGGUCAUGUUCACACUUGGUGUUACGUUGCUAGGAAGUGGUAUUCCCAGUCUCAAGGUGAAUGCACUCGAUCUCAGUCCGAAUUAUGCUGGAACCGUGAUGGCCAUCAGUAAUGGAGCAGCGGCUUGUACAGGAAUCAUCACACCGUAUCUAACGGGUGUGCUAACGCCGGACCAAACGCUCAGUCAGUGGCGCGUAGUAUUUUGGAUCAUAUUUGUUGUACUCAUGGUAUCUAAUGUAUUUUAUUUAAUAUUUGCUAGCGGUAAAGUUGCUGAUUGGAACGAUCCCAUUCUUAUGAAACGCAAUAAAGCCGAGCAAAAGAGGGCCCAAGAGGCCGCAGCGUUUGAAGCCUCGAGAAAAGCGACAGAAGUGUAUUAAGUGUACAUAUAUAUAUAUUUUUUUUAUUGACAUUCCGUGUGUAAAGUUAGGCUUCCUACUUGUGUUAUUGAUAGGUGACGAUUCUGAAAAGUUUCUUUUUCGGAUUCGUAUCGAAAAUUGCCACUUGCGGAUAAAUUAUUUAAUAUUUUGUUUAAUACUCUUUAGUUAUUAAUAUAGUACACGUAUGGUGAAUCAAUUUUGUACAAUCAAAUAGUUCUAUUUACAUGAUAAUUGUUUAAAUUUUUAUGAAGUACAUGACAUGGUUUAAUAGAAUAUUUGGUUAAUUGAAAGUCUAUAUUAUGAAAUUACUGUUGUAAUGUAUAUGCUUAUCAAUUAAUAAAACGUAAUAAAAAUG